GUCACCAGUACGCUUGUGUGUGGUUUGUGCGCAUGCGCAGGGACUGAAUUGGCUGGAGUUGGAGCUAACAGGAAGAAACCGAAGCAGGAGGAGGAGAGAAGCGGUGCUGGGGGAAAAGAGCUCCGAGAUUACGAUCCUGACCUGCACUAAACCCUCUUCUGGCUUGCCAUACCUGAAGGUGCUUCAUCAUGGCUCUGUCAUUCAAGAAAGAUCUGGAAAAGUACAAAGAAAUCGACGAGGAUGAGAUCCUCGACAAGCUCUCAGAGGAGGAGCUGAAGCAGCUGGAGAGCGCUCUGGAGGAGAUGGACCCUGAGAAUGCUUUGCUCCCAGCCGGUCUGAGACAGAAGGACCAGACGAGUAAGGAGGCGACGGGGCCGUUCAACCGAGACAAGCUGCUGCACUACCUGGAGAAACAGGCGCUGGAGCAUAAGGACCGAGACGACGUUGUGCCCUUCACCGGCGAGAAGAAAGGAAAGGUGUUUGUGCCUAAACAGAAGCCACUGGAGGCCAGUAAGGACGACGUGACGACCCUCGACCCGGAACUGGAAGAGGCUUUGUCUGGUGUUACUGAUACUGAGCUGUCUGACCUCGCAGCCAUCCUCGGAGUGCACACCCUGGUGACGAGCACACAGAGCUACGACGGGACGUCCAGCAAAGACGGCUACGACAGCAAUGUAAUUAAAGGAGAAAAAAUGAAGCCAGUUUUUGAUGAGCCACCAAACCCGACUAACGUGGAGGAAACUCUGCAAAGGAUAAAGAACAACGACCCCAGGCUCACCGAGGUCAACCUCAACAACAUUAAGAAUGUUCCCAUUCCCACACUGAGAGACUUCGCCAAGGCCAUGGAGAGAAACACACACGUGACCAAGUUCAGUCUCGCAGCAACACGCAGCAACGACCCCAUCGCCGUGGCGUUUGCAGAUAUGCUGAGAGAGAACAAGACGUUGAGGAGUUUGAACCUGGAGUCGAAUUUCAUCACUGGUUCUGGAGUUCAGGCGCUCGUGGAGGCUCUAAAAGACAACGACUCGCUGUCUGAGAUCAAGAUCGAUAAUCAAAGGCAGCAGCUGGGCACUACAGUGGAGAUGGAAAUCGCUAAAAUGCUGGAGGCGAACACCAGUAUAGUGAAAUUUGGAUAUCAUUUCACUCAGCAGGGACCACGAGCUCGAGCAUCUGCAGCUAUCACUAAAAACAACGACCUGGUGCGACGGAGGCGUGUGGAGAGAGACGUGUAGUGUAUCCCUCUCUUUCUCUCUCCAUCUCUGCAGAGUGCUGGUCCAGUCUCUCUGUGAAUGUUGUGUUCAGCAUUGAUCCUGAACGAGGGACAGAACUGGAAACUCCCCCUCCCUCCCUCUCUCCGUUCAGCUUCACUCAUCACCCCGUCAGCGUCGCUCUUCUCCUCUCCUUUCUUUCUCCUUUUGUUAUUAGUACUGAAUCUGCUUCUUUAUAUUUUUAUCGUAAACACGACUCCUGAUACUGAUCCCAUCAUACGCACGUCCUGGCAGUACCCGAGGCGUGUGUGCGCUUGUGCGUGCGUGCGCACUGCGUUCAUACAGCAACCUGAAUUGAGCCUUUAUGCAAACGAGCUUCGAUCUCAUCCAGAUGAUUGGCUCCUAAAAAUUUACAUGAAGUCCAUAAAUGGAAGCGAAGCUGAAACACAGCUUUAUUGUUUUUCCAAAAAUAAGACAACAGCUGGAUAGGCCACACCCACAGGGUGAUGUCACAGGUGUGUGUGUGUGUGUGUGUGUGUGUGUGCUUUGAUUCAGAGGUCAUGUCAAUCUCAGUCUUAAGUAUACAAUCAGUGUAUCCAUAACCAAGUAAAAAAAAAGUCUGCCUUCUGUGUGUGUCUGUGUGUGUGUCUGUGUGUGUGUCUGUGUGUGUGUCUGUGUGUGUGUCUGUGUGUGUGUAACUUCUUAUCAGAGUGUUGCUCCUCUGGGAACUGAUUGAUCAACAUCCUGUAGACAGAGGAGACACACCCAUGACAAAAGUGCGUUCAGCUGUGUGUGUGUGUGUGUGUGUGUGUGUGUGUGUGUGUGUGUGUGUGUGUUUGUAUGUGGGCGGGACCAUGCUUGUCCAGCUGUUGUGCAGACACAUGUUUCCGCUUCAGGAGUCAUAAAACAAGCUGAAGCUCAUUUCUAACACACACACACACACACACACACACAAAUACAAAAAACCUCUGUAACUCAUGUAUGUUUAUGUUUAUCAAAAGUAUGCGUCUGUAACUAAACACUGCAGCAUGUCAUGUAUAGAUCAAGAUGUAAUUAUAAUUAUACAUGCAGUUAUACAGUAUACCGUGUGUGUGUGUGUGUGUGUGUGUGUGUGUGCGUGAGAGCGCUAUAUAAUAUGCAGUACGCUGUAUAGAUGAUGUAAUAGUGUUUUAGAGCCUCUUCUUUAAACAUGCUGUGCUUUGUUUUGACACGAGAUGUGUACACACACACACGCACACACAGUUCUUCACACAGUCAUUCUGCACACACUUCCCCUUUUGAAGGGUGUCAAUCUAAAAAUGAACAGUUACCAAGACAACAUGCAAAGGGAUUACACUUAUUAUGAUAAAACACACACACUCAGUAGUUUUAGUGGUUGUGCUCGAACGCAUCAUCACUCGCUCACCUGAAGCAGCUAAAAGGAGAUACAGGUGCACUUUUCAGAGACCGAGGGAACGGAUGUGUAGGGACAGGAACAACUCUAGAAACCUGAUAACAGGAAUCUGGGAAUAAGUGUGUGUGUGUGUGUGUGUGUGUGUGUGUGAGAGAGAGAUAUUUUUUUUUUGCCAGAAUACAUGGACUUGAAUAUCUGCAUGUUGUGUAUUUUAAAAGCACAUGCAUGUUAAAUCUCGGACCAAUUUUAUGUUUCUUGUCUCGUUUUUUUUUCUUCUACUCAUCAGGAAAUAAGGUCACGGCACCAUGUGUGUGUUGCAGUGUGCGUUUUCUUCAUUUACCUGUGAACAGUUUAAUCCUGGAUCUCUGUCGUGUGUAUGUGUGUGUGUGUGUGUGUGUGUGUGUGUGUGUGUGUGUGUGAGCGCCUGUGAAAACUGUAUCUUUUUGUGUUUAUUAUAAAAUAUCCAUCUCAUUAAAGCUGUGUGUCUGAGACUGAAGAGCAGCUGUUAUACUGUACUGUUGUAAUGACACAACGCUGUGCCACUGUGUACUCAAUAAAUAUGUUUUUACACUAUA